GAAGACCAUUGAAAGGUGGCAUAAACGGCAGAGCAUUCCGAUAUUUUUGCUCUCGAAGUAAUCUAUUCUGUCACUGUGGUCAAAAUCGAUUUGUUAUUGAUAAUUUGUUACCAUAGUUUACUUGAUUAUUGUGGACUAAUACAGGCUGUAUCUGAGGUAGUGAUGUCAGCAUUUCCAGCGAAGGUGGCCACCGAGACCAGCUCCCCCCAGGCCCAACAGGGAAGUUCCAGCUUUCAGCUGGCCAGUGUGUCCAUGGACCUGGGCUUGAUCAAAGGCAUCCCUGGCAUCCUCAUGCUGGCUGAGAUAGGUCUUGGCCUGCUACAUUGGGCUCUGAUUGCUAGUGCAGUCUACACAACCAUUCCUGCUUAUGGCUGGGUGAUGUUUGUUGCCGUGGCACUGUGGGUGCUCACCAUAGUCCUCUUCUUCAUUCUCUUCUUUGGUGUCCAUCACAAAUUCAGCUCUGUGCCCUGGCCAAUGGUGGUGAUGGGGUAUAACGCUGUGGCAACAGUCCUGUACCUCACAGCGUUUCUGGCUAACGCUGCAUCAGUCACUCCUUUUUAUUUUACACAGUACUACGGCCACAUGGCAGCGGCUGCGUUUUUUGGCAUUGUGGUGACUCUGUUAUAUGGAGCCAGCACCUUCUUUUCCUACCUGAUGUGGAAGGAUGGAGGUAAUGCAGCCAGCCACUCUGGACCUGCAUAGGACUACUCUACUGCCUGUUCUGAGAAACCUCCCCCACAGAGAGACUGGUGCACAACAUGACCACAACAGUGUGACAAGAGGAGUUUCCAGAAACUGGACAAGGAUUAUUUUUUUAAUUCACUGGACUGUUUAAAAAGCUGGACAAUCAUUUUUAUGUUUGCGUUUGACCGGAAUUAAUAAUAUAAGCAUUUUGCAGGCCUUUUCUAAGUAUGUCACUAUUGUCCUCCUACCUCUGCACAUCCAUCAUCGUCACACUCAUGACACUCACAUACAGGGCAUUCGGAAAGUAUUCAGACCACCUCACCUUUUCCAAAUUUUCUUACAGCCUAAUUCUAAGAUGGAUUCAGUGGAUUUUUUCCAUAUCAAUCUACACACAACAUCCUAUAAAGACCAAGCAAAAACAUGUUUUUGUGCAAUCAGACCAAAUAAUUCAAUCUGGAUUAAUCAAAACAGAGAAUCUUGAUUCUCAUGGUCUAAGCUGACUACAAGCAGACUGUCGUGUUUUACUGAGGAGUUUCUUCCAUCUGGCCACCCACCAUAAAGGCCUGAUUGGUGAAGUGCGGCAGAGAUGUUGUCCUUCUGGAAUGUUCUUCCAUCUCCACACAGGAACUCUGGAGCUCUGUCAAUGACCAUCAGGUUCUUGGUCACCUCCCUGACAAAGGCCCUUCUCCCCAAGUUGCUCUGUUUGGUCGGUUCUUGGAAUAGUGGUGGUGGUUCCAAACUUCUUCCAUUUAAGAUGACCACAGUUUUCUUUGGGCCCUUCAAUGCUGCAGACAAUUUUUGGUACACCACCUAAUAUCUGUGCCUAGAUACAAUCCUGUCUCAGAAGCCAUUGCAUGGCUUUUGGGACGUUAUAUAGACUGGUGUGUCUUUGCAAAUCAUUUCCAGUCCACUGAAUUUACCAGAGUUGUAGAAACAUCAAGGAUGAUCAAUGGAAUCAGGAUGCAUCUAAGCUCAGUUGCAGGUGUGAUAGCAAUAGAUCUGAAUAAAAAUGUAAUUGUGAUAUUUUUUCUUUUUUUUUUUUUAUAAAUGUGCAAACAUUUCUAAAAACCUGUUU